ACAUCAUAAACACUCCAGUUCAGUGUUCCUACGUAAAAUUUACACAUAAAAUGACUGCUUUUAGUUUUGCCUUCAAAGCUUGUAAAUUUUUCAGUUUUCAAUACAAACUUGCUGUUAACUUUUAGGCAAGGUAAAUUCUACUAUUUUUGGAAACUGCCUCUUGAGCCAGAUGUUUCAAAGAAUAUAUCCACCCCAUCCUGAAUCACAUUUGAAAGACUAUCUUAAAAUAAAUGCCACAUUGUUAGCUGGAUGCAGGUUAAUGGCAUUGCAGGUAUUUUGCAAAGUUCUGUUUCUGUUAUCUUAUAAAUUGGCAUUUAUAGCUGUCUCACAGUGAUACUGCAAUGAGUAAUGCAUAGGCAAUCUGAAGGGAGGUAUUUUAAGCGCUAAAGAUUUUAGACUGUGGUUGUAUCUAUGCCAUGUUCCUUAAAGUCCCUUUUCUUUUCCUUCACUUACUGUGUGUAGCUUUAGCAGAGAAGGUUGGGUGUUGCAGAGGUAUGAAAUGAUUUGAAGAGGAAAAAAACCUUUCAUUGUUAGCAUAAGAUUGGCUUAAAGAAGGAAGUCCUGGCAAUAAAUAGCACCAAAGAGUAACUUUUGAAUGGUGCAUACUUAGCUUGUUCCUCAUUCUUGAUUUUGCUGCAUGAUGGAAGGUUACCUAAACCCCUUGUCCUGAAGAUUUGAGUGAAAACUUGGCAAUUAAAAAAUUACACCAGUAAGAUCCUCCCCAGACUCUUCCUAGAUCAAUACUACAUGUCUCCCUGUUCUGCCUGUUUCCAAAAUACAAUUUUUGUAUCAAUAGUCCAAAAGUCUUAAGCAUAUAUGAGACUUACAGUGCAGGUCUUCAUACUUCUCACCUUUUCAAAAACAUGUAAAAUGUUUGCUUUUGCAUAGAUGCAUGUGGCCAGCUUUCAAAAUAUUGUCAAAAUACUGAAUAUGAAAUUGAACCAGUGGCUUGUCCAGCAUAUUAUCACUUGUGGUCGUACCCCAGGUUUUGCGAGAAAAUUGCAAAAAUUAUUAAAUACUUCAGACCACCUUGCUCAGAAUGCUUGAACACUUGGAAAUUCUCUGACGAUGAUUAGUACUAAAGGAUUUGCGUUGGUUGCAUCUUAAAAUCAUCUAUUUUUUUUUCUCACUAUAUAGACAAAGUCUCAAGGGUGGUAUUUAGCAAAGGAUUUGGGAAAUGAUACCUCAGUCUAUAUGUUCAACUUCUUUCACAGCUGACUUAACAGAAGAGUGUCCCUAAGACCUUUCUGUCCUGGUAUCCUGCCUCUAGCAUGGACUGGAACUGUAUUUUGAGGAUAACUUUUAGUAGGAGGACUGGAGUGUUGUUCUCCCAGACUCUCAUAAUGGCAAAAUCAAUCUAGUUUUAAGAGCUAUUGCAUACUACUUACACUGUCAUACACACUGGGCACUCAGCUUCGGUGUCCUCAGGCAUAAGUGACUGAAGAGCACCAAGAGUUUCUGGCAGAGCAAAACAGGUUGUUAAGAACUGAUAAGCAGUUUCAGCUCCCAUCAAAACACUACAACCGGUAUUUUAAAAAUUAGAUGUUUAAGCUGCUAAUAGCACAGAACAAAGAAAAGGCAAAACUAAAUACAGUCUCAAAUACUGCAACCUUAUCAGUUUGAACAAACAGCCAACCUUCAACCAGUUGACUUGAUUAAAUUCAUGAGUAAACAUGUUGACAACGCUGUUCUUAGAACUGAGGUGCUCUCAUUCUGUAAUGGGUUUGAAGACAGAGCUUCCCCUGCAGCCCCCUGGCAUGUUUCUCUCUUUCGUAGUAGGACUUGAAGUACCUGAAGGUGAUUGAAUCUGCUGUGGUGAUCUUCCACAGAGGAGAGGCUAAUGCCUGUCUGGCAGAGAUGGUCCUGUCUCAGGUGUCCUUCCACUAAAAGCACAAACAGAGCUGUCUGCAAGUAGAAAUAUUCACACUCUUAAUUACACCAGUAUAAAAAACUUUAUCUCUUGGUAAAUUAUCUAUUAGAAACUAAGUAAAUGAAUCAGAAUAACAUCAUGUGGUUGAUUAACUGAUACUACUUUAUAACAGAAUUGCAGAUAGUUUUCUUUGUUCUUAGGGUUGAUAAGUUUGGGUUAAACUUUGUAAGGUGGGAUACAGUGAUAGUGCUGCUCUCUAUUGACAAAAUAGAGCACACUUGAGCACUUUAGCUCUGCUGAAAAGGUAAUGCUUGGGCUCAUGUUUUGGUAAUUGAAACCUUGUAUAAGAUAGGACUUUUGAGAGCUCGGAAGUUAGAACUUGGCCUGUUCUCAUUGAAAGGAGAAUAAUAGUUGAAAAAAUCUCACUUUUCAUGCUAUGUAGUUCAGAUAAAAUAAUUUUGUUGAACAUCACUUUCAUGGAAAAAGGAAGAAAGCACCAUAAAAAUAGCUGGAAUAAAAUAGUACACGUGGGAGAGGAAGAAGAGCAUGUACUAGUUUUAAUGUUGUUAUUGGCUAUUGUAAAGGUGUUACUGGUGUUCUGAAAACAGGGUGAACAAAACCAACCUCAGGAGUUGAAGCUGCAGUGUUUAGGUAGACAAAUGACCAUGUGUUAAAAAUUACAUUUGUUGGCAGGCAAUGCUGCAAGCAUACUGAACUUUAAACAUAAAUAUUUUGGCUGUUGAAUCCCGGUGAGCAAAAAAUAAAUGAAAAUUGGGGGUGAGUGUUUGAGUUUUUGACCUUAAGUUAAUUCAACUGGGUAAAUCUAAGGCCAGCAAGGACAGUUGGUCAGUUCAGGUUAUCAGUGUUAUUAUCUUAUCUCUCUAUGGUGGUGCUGCAUGCCAUUUCCUUCCGUUUUAUCUUGUAACUAACUGUGUGUAUGUAUCUACACAGAUGAACUUUCCAAACAAAAACUGGAUCAUAAACUUUUCAAGGAAGGCACCUGUUCUUAUCUAUACUGCCUAGUUUGCGGUUAGCGGACAGAUUUCCUUAAACAUUCUGAUUUGGGAGUGUGCAAAAACAGCAAGGCAUAUACUUGAAUUCAACAGUCACUGCAGUGAUUGGAAAGAAGAAGAUCUGCUUCAGGUUCUUUUCACUCUGUUCCAGAAAUGGCUCCAAAUAUAAUCUAAGAUUUCUGUAUCUCUUAUUUUCCCUUUAACUUCUGGUCAUGUUUUCCCCAAAUCUAUUUAUUUUCCUUGCAAGUUUAAAAGGAUUACGAUGGGAUUUUGAGAUGGGCAGGGAUUUCUAAAUAGCAAAUAAAGAGUGCACUUUGGGUUUAUUGUUCAACCUUCAUGUCUACUGGCAACAUAUUUAGAAAAUGGCUUCAAACCUGGCUCCAUUUCCAUGGGUAAUGUUAAAAUGUACCAACAGUACAAGCAGCUGAGACCUGUAGAUUGCUAAAAUGGAGGAACAAUUCCUUUGUCUUCAAAAUGUGCCUUUUGGAUGUUUUCAACUACACUCGCAAGCAGUGUGUGUUCACUGUGUUCUUAAAAAUAACGUCAAUGCAGCUUGGUUUUCAAAUGUCUUUUUCCAAAGGUACGUAGGAUCUUUUCAGACCUAAAGUUACUGACAACAGAAAUGGCUGAAACAGGUAUCAGAGGACAUGUUUUAUGUAAAAAGAAAUGCUUUCUCUAAUUGCUUAAAAUUCUGGGCCAUAUGAUCUCCUCUCUGUGCCUUAUUUUCUUUCUGAGACAUUGGGAUCUGAUCUGGCCCAUCUUUACAGCAGCCACUGCCCAGAAUCCCAGGGAUCCAUUUCUACAGCGGAUGGUGCCAGUGCUCCUGGUAUUAUGUUGUUUUGUUUUUGUUUUUGCAGGACCAAAAUGUCUCCUGAGGGUGGAGCACUCACGGGAGUGGAGCCUUCAAGCUGCCUUCACAUGAUGAAUCUCACUAAGCUGCCCUUUAGACUGAUUUAUUGCUUUACCGCUGCCUAUAAAAGUGGCUCCCACGUGUGAGCAACACUGACAGGCGGAGGGCAGAAGCGCAGAGGGCAGUUGUCCCACACGCAGCUCGGUCCCACAGACCUGCAGGGACAGGGAGCAGUAGGAAUGGGUCGCUACUCGGGCAGGAGCAGCAGGCUCAUCUUCAUGUGCUUUGUGAGCCUGGUCCUUUUUGCUGUCGAGAUCUCGGUAGCAUACGUUGGCAAUUCUCUUUCCUUAGCUUCAGAUGCCUUUGCAGUUCUCUCCCACCUCAUCUCUAUGAUCAUCGGCUUGCUUGGGGUGAGGUUCAGCCGCAUCAGAUGGCACAAGGCAAACACCUUUGGCUUCUCCCGGGCAGAUGUGCUGGGAGCCUUCGGCAACUCCGUUUUUGCUGUCGCUCUGAUGUUCAGCAUCUUCAUCGAGGCUAUCAAGAGGUACAUCAAUCCUCAGAAGACAGAGAAAGCUCUGCUUGUCCUCAUUGUUGGGAUCGCAGGUCUGUUCUUCAAUGUGUUCAACUAUGUUAUCUUCAUGGACUGCUGUUACUGUCGUGCACCCGAAGGAGACCCUGAAAAAGGUGAAUCCCCAAACGACCAAAAAAGCCCUGAAGAGGGGUCUGGGAAGAAAGUAGAGAAAAAGUCCGAAGCCUUGAACAUCAGAGGUGUUCUUUUGCAUGUUAUGGGAGAUGCACUUGGGUCUGUGGUUGUGGUAGUUGCUGCUACAAUUUUCCAUGUACUUCCUCUGGGGCCUGAUGCUCCUUGUAACUGGCAGUGCUACAUUGAUCCAAGCCUGACAAUAAUUAUGGUGGUCAUCAUCUUGUCUUCUGCAUUCCCACUCAUCAAAGAGACCUCAAUUAUUUUGUUGCAGAUGGUUCCCAAAGGUGUUAAUAUGCAACUACUGACUGACAGACUAGCUCGUGUACCAGGGGUUAUCAGCCUUCAUGAGGUGCAUGUGUGGGAGCUUGCAGGUGGCAAGAAUAUUGCUACUCUUCAUAUCAAGUGCCAAACCCCUACUGAUUACCAGGACGCUGCUUAUAAAAUAAGAAAGAUUUUCCACGAAGCAGGGAUCCAUUCUGUGACCAUCCAACCUGAGUACAUUGACUGCAAGACCUCCCACCUGCUGUGCAGCUCACCCUGCAUCUCAAAAGCUUGUGACUCUCAGCUCUGCUGCAGUCAGCAGGAGGCACCGCUGGCUAAAAGUAAUGGCUAUACUGAGAAAAAUGAUAGCUGCCUUUCUGCACUGCAUAAAGACAAUGGUUCAAGUAAAAGUGAUAUUGAAAUCCCUAUUGAGUGUGCACUGACAGAGAAUAGUGUUAAAGACGAGAAAAAUUGUGAAGUGUCUGACAAGUCGCAGUUGAGCAGUACGCGAUUUUAAACAAUUUGGUCUACUCUGUAAAAAUUUUUCAUAGAACAAAGGUGUCCAGGCAGGAAAGCGGGUCAUCAGUGGUUGUAGCUGAAGUUAAUGUGGCAAAAAGAUUUCUGUGCUUUAGCUGUAAACCAAAAUACACCUAAAGAAGCUCAUAUCUGAAAUAAGGGUUAAUAUUUCCAUGAAAAGUGUGCAUUCAUCUAAACGUUUUUCAGAUACAGCCUAACAGAGUUCCUUACCAAACCAUGUGUGAAUUCCUGUUGUUAGAGUGGAUGAGGUGUAUUGCUGUCCACCCUGGUGCUUGCAGUGUAUGACCAGUGCUACUGGGAACGAAACUCUUGCCUUUCUGUCAAAGUGAGCUGUUUCCUGAGAGCCCUGUAGCAAGUUAAUGAUUGUACUGGGCUGAGGUACUGUAUGUUUAUAAAGGACUUAUGUAGAGAUGUUUUACUGAUCCUUAAAACCCACUUUGCAUAGACAGUUCAUUUUUAGCAGUAACUGUUGUGCUUCUGAAGUGGGUGAAUGAAAAUAAUGGUGUCUGAUUAGAGGGGAAGCCCUUGGGAAGGGUUGGCUUACAUUGUUUUUGUGACCCCUGUAUGUGGGGACAGAGCAGAAUCUGGUCUUGCUUCUCUGCUAGAACUGCUGGAGCCAACCUAAUCACAGAUGAAGGAUGCUAAGGAAUAUGCUCUGUGUCAUGAAACUAAGGAAUUACUAGCAUUGUUACUAUUGAUUUUUGGCAAGCAAAAAUGCAAGUAGUCAUCCAAUUAACUUUUAUCUUGUUCAUUGUUGUGAUUAAACAACUCAGUUCUUAUCCCUUGCCUCUACCCCCCAACCUCCCAAGCAACAGAAGUUAUAAUAGCCACAGUCUUAAUUCAUUGUUGUGUGGAAUGAUUGCAGUAUCUUUAACACUGAGCAUCUGUCCUUAUUCAUGCUGAAUAAAUAAGCUAAUGUGUCUAUUACGAAUAGUUAAAAUUCUGCAAUUCUAUUAUUAAGAGACAAUUUAAUAUUAAUUGAGAAAUUCCAUUUGAAGUUUUUUAAAACAGUGUUAUAACUUACAGGGAGCUUUUGUAUAAUUUAUAUAUAUAGACAAAUACUGGGAGAUUUUCCUAUUUUAGUUUCAAUUAUUUCUAGUUGAUUUAUUUAAGUCUACGCCCUCCCCUCUGCCCUGCUUCUCCUUCCCAAACCCAAAGGUGCAUUUUGAAGUAUUUAGUGAAGCAUUUCCAUUCUCCUUUUUGCUGCUUCUUUUUGAAGACAUGCAAGGGUGAUUUAAGGAAAACAAGAUGACUUGCCCUGUCAGCAGUGUUGGAUUUUGGUCUGGUCUGCUCCCCAGGUUUUUGGAAGAGGGGACCCACUACCUAAUACUCACUGAGUGCAGUGCUUAGCCUCACUGUGGAUCUGAUCCAGAAGCUUUCAAAUACAUUUUUUUUCAAAAGCAGCUUUUCAGCUCCAUAUGGCCUGGACAGGCUAUUUAGUUAUCAGUUCACAGAGACACCUUUAAAAAAAACAGUGGUGUCUUUACCUCAGGGACUGCUUAGUGGAAAGGGCAAAUUGAUUUCCUGCUGGGCUGAGAAAAUACCAGGGCCUGGUAGGACCACAACUGGCUCUAAAGCAGCCAGCUCCUUAAUAAGGAUGGUUAUGUUAAAGUCAAUGAACAUUAAAACACACAGCAGGGUAUUUUGCUGCUUGGAAAAUGAUAUUUACUGGACCAGUGAUUGCAGUCUAAAUUGCACACCUCUAGGUUUGUACUUACCCCUUUUGAACCAAUUCUUGGGUGAAUUAAUGUAUUUUAUAGCCUUUCAUGGUAGGUUUGUAUUAUAUAAAUUAAACUAUUUGUUAAUAACAUUAAAAACUUAAUCCUCCAGUGUGUUUGGUUCUGUUAGCAGCAGCAGGAUUUUGCUUUGCAUUUGUUGCACAAAUUAAUGUAAAUCAGGAAACAUUUCAAGAACUGCUCUGUCCUUUUAAAGUGUGUGGCAUGAAGUAAGCUCAUGCUUCUGUUCUUUUUGUACUUAUUUUCAUCUACUGUGAUGUUUAAAUGGAGGAGUGUAGAUCUAAAUAACAAAUGUAUUUAUAGGUUUGCUUGUUUUCUGAGAACUGGAGUAGAAUUUUCCCCAAAUAACAACAAAGUCUGUGCAGGAACUUACCUCCAAGAUAUCCUCUAAAACAAGCACCCUUUCAUAAUUAUGCAUUUGUGUCUUAAAUCAGGUAAUCUUUUUAUAUACACCUUUUACUUAAUGGUUGAAAGAUGGAGUGUCAGUAUUGUUUUACCCUGGAAUUAGAGAAAAAGAAUAUGUGUAAUAUUGGGGUAUUUGAUAAAAUGGACUAUCUUUUUCUCUAUCCUUCCAGUGUUUGUAAAAACAGUGGUUAUCUAUUUUUUUAAGUUUUUAAAAGUGGUGUAACCUGAAAACACAAUGAAGUAACAUUCUUGAACUUUCAUGUCUGGUUGAACGUACUGUAAUUGUUGUCUGUGAAUAAAUAGGAAAAUACCAGGGAAUAUAGAAAUCUUCAGGUCUAGAAAACAGGCUAAGUUAAAAAAUGCUUUAUUAGCAAGCAAAACCAGCAGAGCUAUGUUACUGAUGAGAUGAACCUUGCAUUUUCUAUGUAGGGGCUUUCAGGGUAUCCAGAUAGGGUUUUUGACUGAAUAUCCUGGCCUGUCAUUGAGCCCUGCAAUGGAAUAUUUUUGUCCUGUUUUAAAUGUGCGACAACUAGCUCUGCUGGGUGGUCCCUUUCUACUUUCAUAGAAGACAUCAUUCCAAUAAGUGUCUAUUUUGUGUUGGCUAAUUUCCCUUCAGUUGUUAGCAUCUCUUCCAAUUCUCCUGAAGUAUGCUUACCUCAUUUUGAAAUACAGUAUGCUUCAGUAUUUGCACUUACCUGUGGCACUUAUUCUAAAUUCAGUCUUGGAGCAUAUUGCAUUGUCAUAAAUUCUCCUUUCUGGCCUCUUUAACGUAAUUGCUUUUUUUCCCCUCCAAUUCAGUAAUGUAAAGUUUCUGACUGUUGCAAGUUGAUUGUGCUACCCCGUCCCCUUCAAGUACUCCCUUCUGAGUUCACUGUUACUGCAGUCAGAUUUUCUUGCUGUGAUUUCCGCCCUCCUCCAAGUCCUUUAGCAAAGGAAAUGUGCUUAAAACACAGGUGAUUUUUCAAACAGCUGACUAGCUUAUAUAUAGCAGGUUGUGGAUCUGGGGGACACAAGUGACUUAAUUGUAUGGCAACAAAAUGUGCUAGCCUUGGCAGAUAGUUCUGGAACAAGAGUUAAAUCUGGAAUAAAUUAACAUGUAUGCAUACAUGACAUUGUAUGCAAAAACGGUUUACUGGCCUUCAUCAAUUGUGGGCCUCGUUUAAAGUGAAUUCAAACUUUUGUCACCUUGUCAUAUGUUCUUUAACCAAAUGUGUAAAUUCAGUUGUUAAUUCGUUCUUCAGCAACAAAGUGCAGAUCUUGCCUUUGCUCUUCUGUGUAAAAAAGAAAAUAUAACUUUGGUCUUUUUAAAGCAGUAUUGUCUUUGUUUUGCCAAGUUUUGAGUUGAUUUCCUUGUGUCCUUUGAGAUACUGAUUUUUAGUCCAGCCAUUUUUUCCUUCCUCCUAAUGUUCUUUAUUUUUUUCUUUUUUUCUUCUUCAAUAAAAGCAGAUCAGUUUUGCUAUCCUUCUGGUCAUGGAUAUGUAACACAAUUUACAAAUACCUCUUUUAUGUACUGGCUUUUUCUUUUCCACUCCAUUUUUAUUCAAGUCCCCCCACUGUCUGUUCUUGCUGUGUGAUGUACUUUACCAUUGCAAACCAAUUGUUUACCUUGUUCAGUUCUUCCCACACUUUCCCCCCUUCUGUUCUCUAUUAUAAUGCUUACCUUCCUGAAUGCACCCUUUUAUUCUGAGGCCAAGGUCUGUGGAUGGGAUUAUUUAAUGUCCUUUCUUCAGCAUAGAAGUGUUGUCUACAGAUUGGGACUCUAUAUAUUUAAAUUCCACCACACUCCCCCUGAACCACCUUUUUAAAGAAAGUUGGUUUCUUAACCUCAGAAGGUAUAAUGAAGUCAGGGGGGUCAUUCCUUAACACCUUAAGGGAAAGUUUGGAUUGCUUGUUAGAAAGCAGAUAAAAGGGAUGUUUCUGGAAAAGUAAUCCAAAUACUAUGAAGAUUUCUAUAGGUUUUAGUAUUUACUCUGCUGUACAGUGGAAGCACUUUGUGUUAAAUACUUUAUUUAAACGGUGACACCUUGAUGUGAGGAUGUCACUCUAUGAAGUUGUUACAUUUAUGGAGUUAUGUUGCUUAAAACUUACUUCAGCAUUUCUGUUCACGAUGUGAUUUUAAUAAUGUGCCAAAAUGUAAUUUCCAUGAUUGCUGAAUCAAUGAAUUGUAAAUCUCACUGUGGUUCUAUUAACUGUUAGUAGAAAACUGAAUUUUAUGUACAUUUUUUUUUUUUUUAAAUAAAGUUUGAAUGUGUUGUAAAUAAAUUGCAUUUUUAAAUAAA